GCACUUUUCGAUGCUAACUCAACACAAGUUCAUAAUCUAUUGAACUAUAUUAGUUUCAUGUGGUUAUGUCAGAAGACAGUGAUCAUCUAACAUUGCUGAAUCGACAAAAAUGAAUUUAAUGAAAAAAUUGUACAUUUUUGUGCUGAUUUUGAACACAUGUGCAGCCAACGCAGGCUAUGUUAUAAACAAUAAAAAAUUUCCCGAUAACUUCAUGUUUGGUGUGGCAAGUUCAUCAUAUCAAACAGAAGGUGCUUGGAAUGAAGAUGGAAAGACAGAAAAUAUAUUCGACAACAUCACCCACCGCCGGUCAGAUUUUAUUAUGGAUGGUACGAAUGGAGAUGUAGCUUGCGAUUUCUACCACAAAUACAAAGAAGAUGUAGCUCUGCUCAAAUCACUGGGUGUCAAUCACUUCAGAUUAUCUCUGUCUUGGAACAGAAUUCUACCCAAUGGUAUUGCAGAUAAAGUGAAUCCACUGGGAGUCGCCUACUACAAGAAUCUCCUAAAAGAACUCAAAGACAACGGCAUCAAACCUCUGGUAACAAUCUUCCAUUGGGAUCUGCCCCAGGUCCUGCUGGACCAAGGUGGAUUCCUUAAUGAUAGCAUCAUCGACUGGUUCGGGGACUACGCCAGGGUGUGUUUUGAAUCCUUCGGAGACGACGUCCAGUAUUGGAUCACUAUCAAUGAACCCAAACAGGUCUGUAUUGGUGGAUACGGUUACGGCUUCUUCCCACCUAUGGUGAAGUCGCAGGGGCUCCUAGAAUACGAAUGCAACCAUAAUGUGAUAAAAGCUCACGCUAGAGCUUGGCAUAUCUACGAUGAGGAGUUCAGAUCGAAACAAGGGGGUAAAAUUGGAAUUACUUUCGAUGCUCCCGCUACCGUACCUGCCACUGACACUUCUGGAGAUAAAGAAGCAGCUGAAAGGAGAUACCAUUUCGAAAUUGGUAUCUAUGCUAACCCAAUGUACCACGGCGACUAUCCAGAAAUCGUGAAAACACGUGUAGCUGAACGCAGCAAACUGGAGGGACGACAAAAAUCUCGUCUUCCGGAAUUCACCGAUGCAGAAAAAGUCUGGUUGAAGGGAUCAGUCGAUUUUUUCGCUCUUAGUACAUAUUCCGGUAACCUGGCAAGAGCUAUACCAGAACCUCCUGUGAAGUAUCCUCCAAGCAGGGAUGGAGAUCAAGGAGUUGAGGUUUUUCGACCUGACACUUGGAACAGUACUGUGUCUAUGAAUGUUAAGGUUGUUCCUUGGACUAUCAGAUAUUUGUUGAGGUUUGUGAAGGAAUAUUAUAAUGACCCAGACAUUUUGAUAACAGAAAAUGGCUUUCCAGAUGACGGCGGUUUGAAUGAUGAUGGAAGAAUUUCAUAUAUCCAAGAAUAUCUGAGCCACAUUAGAGAUGCAAUGAUCGAAGAUAAGGUCAAAGUUUUAGGAUACACUGUGUGGAGCUUCAUAGAUAGCCUAGAAUGGAUGACUGGAUAUAGGAUCAAAUAUGGAUUAUACCGAGUUGAUUUCAACAGCCCCAACAGGACCAGAACGCCGAAACUUUCUGCCAAAUUUUACCAGAAAGUUUGUAAAACAAAAUGUCUCUCAGAUGUUUGUGAGGAUUAAUUAACUUCUGUUAUAAAUACCUAUGUGUUCAAUUGUUAUACAGUAUGGCCAGUAAAGUUUGCAUUACAGUGGACUUUCAA